CUGAAAGACUCAAUACCACAAGGAUCUUUAAAAUCUGCAUUGGGUUCAACCACAGCACAGGUACCAUCAAUAACUGGCUCUUCAAAAGAAACAAGUCAACCAAGUUCACAUUUAUCAUCAAUCACAAAACAUUCAGCACUGACUGAACAAAGUAACAAUGUCUCGUUGGUUUCUGGGUCUCCAUCAGGCAGCUGGACAACAACGUCAUCAGACUCCCAUCCAACCACAGUGAAAUCUUCGUCACUUACACCAGCCUCAUCAGAAACCUAUUCCUCAGCACAGAGUGCAUCAAUAAAUUCUACAACAUCAAAUACUAAUGCAACAACAGCACAAGUGGCAUCCAUAACUGGGUCUUCUUCAGAAUUACAUCCAAUAGUGACACAAGUGUCAUCAACAACUGUGUCACCACCGGAAACCAGUCAGGGAUCAUCCCAAUUAUCCUUUUUAGGACAAUCGUCAUCUGAAUCUCAUUCAGCAACAACUCCAUUGACAUACACAACUCAUUCUUCAUCGGAAACACAGCCAACAAGGAUACAAUCAGUAUCCAGUACUGACCGCUCAGCAGGAAGUACUUCAGGAGAAGCACCAGAGUCUCCAGUAACUGAGACAUCAUCACAAACACAUCCAACAACAAGGAACACGUCUUUCAAAACUUUGAAAUCAUCAGAAAGCAAUCCAACAAUGACACAAGUGUCAUCAAUAACUAAGACUUCAUCAGAAAUGCAAUCUACAAUAUCACAGCUGUCAACAGCGACACAGACUUCAUCACUGACCCACUCAACAGAAAACACAUUUUCUUCACUUGCGUUUUCCUCAACUGAAACCCAUCCAUCUGCACACCCAUCAUCAGUGACACUUCCAACAGGAGUAUCCAAUCUAACAACAUCACAACUCUCAUCAAGACCUGAGUCUUCAUCACAAUCCCAGACUGUAUUUACCGACCAAUCAUCAAUAACUGAGACAUCAUCAGAAAUGAAUCCACCAACAACACAGACAUCAGCAGUAAUAAUUUCGUCAUCAGAGACACAUCCAACAACUGAACAAAUAUCAUCACUGGCAAUGUCUUCAUCACUGAUCCACUCAACACCUCAAGGAUCAUUCGAAACUGUUUCCAGUUCAACCACCGCACAGGUACCAUCAAUAUCUGGCUCAUCAACAGAAACAA